AUGGCGUCUCCUCCAACAAACAUUACCCUGCGUUCGCCAUCCAAAUACACCUCCACAUCUUCGUCAACAUCCGCACCGCCACCAGUGGACUGGCUCCUGCGCACAUGGACCGUCACACACUCCACCCUAGCCAUGUGGCGCGAUGCCCGUAACGUGCGUAUUACCUACGCCGCCCUCCCCGCCAAACCUGACGGGACCGCCCGCAUCGACGACCUCGUCGAGUAUGAGUCUAACAAAACCACUCCAUCGACGGCCGUCAAGUCUGUCAAGGGCAUCGAUACCGCUUCCAAAGCCGGCGACACUUUCGCCUGGGACUGGAGGGGCAAGGGCUGGCUCUUCUUUGUCGGAAGCCAUUGGGAGGUUCUUGGGUGGGGGGAGAGGCAGACUGAGACCGGCGAAACGGAGAGGUGGGCUGUUACGUGGUUCGCGCCGACGGUAUUUACGAAGGAGGGUUUGGAUAUAUACUGCGAUCGCAGGGAGGGGUUGAGCGAGGGCACCUAUAAAGAUAUUCUAGAGGGCUUGAAGGGGCUAGAGGCGAAGGAAGUUGCUGAGAUGGUGACGAAGGACAUGUUGCCUGUUGAGGUUUCGUUGCCGUGGAAGGAGAGUUGA